UUGCAACCAAAAAUAUAUCUUCUUGAAUUUUAUGGAUAAAUUUCGUUUCAAUCUUCAGCACCAAAAAUAUUUCAAUUAGUCUCGAUUUGUAGACAUAGCACCUAAAAAUUCAAGAUGGGAUAGCGAUUUUCUAGAAAUUUAGAAAUAAAUGCUAAUUAUCUCGAGAAAGGUGAGAUUUUCACUUUCAGGUUUUUUGUCUAUGGAAGUUCUGAUAUGCUGAACGGUCAUGGCCUGGUCUAUCACAAGUUGUAGCAUCAAUGUCCACCGGAUAACCAUAACCUGUAUAUUAGUUAAAAGUGAAAGAGGCUGCCAUUUUUGGGAUCCGGGAAAUUUUUUCCAUUUGUGUUGAAAUAAUGGUUUCUUCGUCCAGCACCUACUAGACAACUUUUUGCAGCGUAUCUCGCAUGAUCUCUGAAUCCCGAGACACGUAGAAAUUUCAUCUAUCAACAUGCGCCGUCAAAAUAGGGGUCACUUUCGAUAAAUUGAUGCGACGACGCAGCCCUUGAUAACCAUGACAACGAAGCGUCGUCCCUGCUUUUCCAAUUAAUUAUUUAGAAAUGAAACUUGAAAAAUAACCAGUUGGUCAGGUAGAUCCAUUCAAAUUAGACGCGAUCAUACCUAGUAGGCCGCUUUCAUGCAUGCCUUGUCAGCGGAUCGAACCGAGUCCAAUUUUCACAAAAAAAAAAUUGUGAACGGAUGGUCGCGGAAAACGGAUCGAGUGUGCUGUGAAAGGUGGACAUUUUACAAUUUUUGGUCUGGAUCUCGAUGAAAAAACCGCAAACGACGACGCGUCAUCCGCGUCUCUGUCUGCAUCCGUAUGACUUAAGAACCCUGCCUAACCAUAAGUAGAUCUUGGAAUAUGGGAAUCUGUUUGGAUACUGAACGAGCUGAUGGUACCAACGAAUUCGAGGAAGAGACCUGGACCAGGAAUACGCCAAGGAAUCCGGAAAAUAUGUCAGCCAGCCAACAACCUUUACAUAAUGAGAGUGAAGUCGAAUUUGAAGUGCCCAAAGUGCCUGUAAUAUUUGUGUUAGGGGGUCCAGGUAGUGGAAAAGUAACUCACUGUGAUAAUUUGAUGCAAGAAAAUAAGGGAAUAACCCAUAUAAAUAUGACAGAUCUACUACAACAAUAUGCAAUAGGAAAUGGUGAGUAUGCCUCAGAAUAA